CCAUCGCCGGAGGCUGCGGACCCGGCGCCGCCACGAGAAAUGCUGAGGAGGGGGCACCUCCCGUUCUGAGUCCCCCCCCCACCCCCUCAAUGCUCCACGCCGCGAUGGGGACCGGUCUGGGGGGGCUGUGCCUGCUGGGAGUCCUGGCAGCAACUUGUAUGGCUGUGCAGUUUGUCCCUGCGAAGACCUAUGAGGACUGGUGGGCGUACAAGGAGACUCUUCAUGGUAGCUUUGUGCCAGGUCCUCCAUUUUGGGGUCUGGUGAAUUCCGCUUGGAGUCUCUGCGCCAUUGGCAAACGCCAGUCGCCCCUGGAUGUGAACACAAGCCAAAUGGUGUUUGACCCCUUCCUUCUUCCUCUUCGCCUCAGCACAGGUGGGAAGAAGGUCAGUGGUACCAUGUACAACACAGGACGGCAUGUAUCCUUCCGUCCAGAUCCACUACAGCUGGUUAACGUUUCCGGAGGGCCUCUUCUGUACAGCCACCGGCUCCAGGAGAUACGCCUGCAUUUUGGCAGCGAAGACGGAUUUGGCUCCGAGCACUGGAUCGACGGCGAGAGCUUUUCUGCUGAGGUGCAGUUGAUCCACUACAACCAAGAGCUGUACCCCAAUAUCUCAGAGGCCUCACGCAACCCCAAUGGCUUGGCUGUUAUUUCAAUCUUUGCUAAUGUCGGACCAAGUCCUAACCCAUUCCUAACCAGGCUAUUAAACAGAGAGACCAUUACCCGGAUCUCCUAUAAAAAUGAUGCCUAUCUUCUACAUGACCUGAGUCUUGAGGAUCUUUACCCUGAGACAUUCGGUUUCAUCACCUACCAGGGAUCCAUGUCAACCCCUCCAUGCUAUGAAACGGUCACCUGGAUCCUCAUUGACCGACCCAUCAACAUUACCUCUGUCCAGAUACACUCCCUUCGCCUUCUCAGCCAGAACCUUCCUUCCCAAAUUUUCCGGAGCAUGAGCGAUAACUCGAGACCCCUCCAGCCCCUCUUACAACGAAGCCUUCGGAGCAACCGAGACCUGCGGCGCCCCACACGACGGUGCAAAGGAGCCAACUACAAACUACAUGUCGAUGGUGCACGGCCCUCCAAAACUGUCAUGUAGAGAGGCCCUGCCGCAGCCAAUGUUGUCCUGUUGAAUGUUCAAGGGUGUCUGUCACUCCCUCAUAAUUCAGUCUCUUCUUGAGGAAGCCACAGUCUCCCAGUUCUGGGUCACUCUGCCUCCCCUCAUGUGAAGGGGAAUAAUGUGGCAUGCCUCUGAACUAUACUGGACUGUCUGCCUCAGGUGUUUGGAGCAUCCAUUUUCCCCCUGUAUCGCUUCCAGAGAACUGAAAAACUUAGGCAGAAUGUGGUAUAGCCCAGUUUAACAGACUACCUUUAAAAGGGAAGAGGGCCUACAAGAGCUCCUGAAGGGAGAAUUUUGCCCUUUGACAUUGCUUCCCUGUAAUCCCAAAAGUGAACAUCGAAUAUACCCUAAUCCCAAAUGUUAGGGAGAGAGGAACACAGAGGGAGAAAAUGCCCCAAAUGUUGGACAGGCCAGCUAAACUGUAUUUUCCAGAAGGGUGUAUCAUGCAGAGGGAUGUACUUCGAAACCUCCUUAUAGUUGGUGGAGCAAAUAACCAGAGUUCUACCCUCAUAGUGUCCGAAUGCAUGCCAAGGUAUUGACAGGACAUCCUGUGAACCUGGGCAGCCAUCAGGCACAAUAAUAAAAGCAGGAUUGUGCCUUGAAAUGGUAAAUGGCCUGAAUAACGUAUGGGUUGUGGAAAAUUUAGUGUGGGGGGAGGGGUGCGUAGAAGGAAAGUGCACUAGGGCCACGAAGGAAUGACCCCACAAAUUCUGAUCCUCUCUCUUGGCUUUGGGAGAAGAAUACUUGAAACUUCACCCACUUUGUGUGUGAAUUUUGGGGAGUCUAGAGUAGAAAAGACAAAGAGAAACCUACCCCCAAGUUCUCAGCAUAGCCUGGGAAGUUUGGGGUCUGGGUGAGAGGACAAAGAGACACUGGAAUAUGAUCUUCUGAAUGGCCUUCAAAAACCUUAACUGGGAAGUAGGGGAGGGAAGAAUUUCAUUGCCAAAACAAUCCAACUUUUGACUGUGGAUGAAUAUUAUUAAUUAAAAAGACAGUUUUCAAAAUGA